GUUUGACCUUGUCAUUAUUAUGUUCUCGAAUAUACUUAUUCAAUAGAUAUAAUAAUAUAUAAUAAAGUGCAACUUCUAAGUUGAUAGAAUUAUUUGUUGGUUUUAUCGACAGUAAUAUUGUAAGUUUUGUUUUAUGAAGUACCUACAAUAUUUUAGUUUCUGCUGAAUACCAAAAUGAUUUGUGAUAAAAUCAAGAAAUUAGAUGAUUUAUUAUGUAACUAUUUAAAACCAAAUAAAAGUAUUAAACAUGUUGAUGUAAGUCGACUCACAGCUCCUGGGGAAAACUAUGGAAGCGUUAUGUAUAAAUUGGACAUUACAAUAGAAAAUAGAGAGAACAGUAAGGAAGAGAUGUUACAUGCUGUUGCUAAAACUAUACCAGAGAAUCCACUGUUAAGGUUACUUUUCAAAAUUCAAACAACUUAUACAAAUGAGAUGGCAUUUUAUCAAAUAAUUAUACCAACAAUAUUGGACUUUCAAAAAGAAUUGAAUAUCUCGAAAACUUUGGACUGUUUCCCUAGAUGUCUUGGAAUAAGGAAAAACUUGGAAAAAAAUAGUGAUGUUAUUGAUGAAAAUGCUGUACUACUUUUAGAAAAUUUAGCAAUUUCUGGUUUUACCAACAUCGAUAGAAAUGAAGGUUUCGAUCUUGAAACUUCGAAAUUAGUUUUAAGGGACUUGGCCGAAUUCCACGGGGUCACUUUAGCGCUUAAGUUGUAUAAACCACAUGUAUUCGAAAAAAAUGUCAAGCCUUAUUGUCACGAUUUUGAACAUAACUCAGAACUUAUGCGCGACUUGAUAGCUUUAGUGGCAAAUGAAGAUCAAGAAUGUGCUAAGAUAUUAUCUACAAUUCCUAAUUUUGGACGAAGACCUAGACCGAUGCCUAAUGAACCGUUCGCAACUAUUGUUCAUGAUGACUUAUGGACGAACAAUACCAUGCAAAAAUUUGAAAAUGGGAAACCAAUCGCUAAUAAAAUGGUUGAUUUUCAAAUUUACUCGUAUGGUUCACCCGCCACUGAUGUUUUCUUCUAUCUUUGGUCGAGUGUUCCGCUAGAUGUGUUGAAAAAUCAUAUUGAUCAAUUGAUUGAAUAUUAUCACGGACACUUCGUGGACAUCAUGAAAAUCUAUGCUUGUGACGUGAAACCGUUUUCGUUGGAAGCAUUUAUGGAAGAAAUUAAACGUAUUAGUCAGUUCGAGUUUUAUCACGCUUUAUUUUUCCAUUUGAUUGCAGUGCAAGCUCCAAAAGGUGGUCUAGAUAUAACCAAAAUGCCGACACCGGCAGAAAUUGUGAAAAAUGUGAGUAGUAAAGCUAAAGAAAAGACCUGGUACAUGAUUAAAGAAUGUUACAAAAGGGAAUGGUUGAGAUGAACUGGUACUCAUUUUCAUCUAGUUCUUUAUAAAAAUAAUGCAAGGAACACAGAGUACCUCAUGUGCUUGAACUAUUUUCCUAUUCUGUUAUUGAUUAACCUGAAUUACUGCUAAUAUUAUAUAAUUGUUGAAUAAAAAACAAUUUUGUAUAA